UUAAACAUGAAGCUGCGCUUAUUCGACUAUUUUGUCGCCCUGAUAAUAGUCGUUUCGGUAAAUGAUUGCUGCAUAUCGGCCAGUGUGCACCACAAAACCAAAUUCGGAUCAUACAAAAAAUGCAUGGAAAACAAUGGAAUAUCGAUGUGGAAAGUUGUCGAUUCAUUCACAAAUGCCACAUUUUACAACUUAUACAAUUACCAAUGGAACAAAAUGUUUGAAACCGUUUCACCAAUCGCCAUUUUUGUGCCAUUUUCUGUGUCAGACGUACAGACGACGGUGAAAUGUGGCUUUAAAUCGAAUAUUCAGCUAGUCCCGAAUUCGGGAGGCCAUUCCUACGCCGGACUAUCGUCAGGAACGAACGGCUCAAUUAUUGUUGAUUUUCGGUACAUGAAUUCGAUAGACAUAAACGAGAACGAAGAAUCAGUUACUGUUGGUCCGGGAGCAUUUGUUGGUCAGUUGCAUGCGAAACUUUGGAGAGCCGGUGGAUGGGGAACUGGCUUAGGAAAUUGUAUGACUCUUGGCAUGGGUGGACAUUCGAUUGGUGGCGGAGUCGGUUACUUUUCUCCGCUGUACGGACUCGUUGUUGAUAAUACUUUGGAAUUCAAAUUGGUGGAUGCUCGUGGGAAUGCUGUUACAGCUAAUUCUACGCACAAUGCUGAUUUGUUCUGGGCUAUGCGCGGCGUUGGUCCAGGGUAUAUUGGAAUGGUGACGAGCGUUAAAAUCAAAUUAUUCAAGGCCAAAGAACUGAAAUUGACAUUCACUCAAAUUCGUUAUCGGCUGAAGGAUUUUAGAAAUGUCAUGGAAAACUAUACCAAUUGGUUGGAUUGGGUGAAACAAAACGAACCGAGUGUGGCGUCCGUAAUUUUCAUAGUCAAUGAUAAUUACAAUGUUCCAAGUCAACCGAUAUGGCCAGGUAUUGAAGUCCAACUGCUCCAUAUCCAAGACCCGAAAAUACAACCAAAUUCGAGCACUGCAUUGCUAAACGCAUUACCGAAAUAUUUUCCUGGUGCCGUCGAAACGGUAACAAAUAAUCCGUCUUAUAUGGAAUUUGUUAUCGCAACUGGUUACACUCCAGCAGCUUCGCCGACAGUCCAAUCAGCACAAAACUCUCAAGCAUCAACUAUAAGUCCACUUGAAAAACGACUCGAUUUCUUCAUAAAAAUGACCAAAGAAAUGGCAAUUUCCCGUUACUUUUUCGCCAAAUCAUUCUUUGUGAAAAAACGUCUUCGAUCAGACGAAUUAAACGAAGUCCAAAAUGUUGUCAACGAAAUUCCGAAUAAUACGAACGGUAUCAUGAUCACAUCCGAACAAGGCACCGUAGCUGCACGACGAGCCAAAGACACUGCAUAUGUUCAUCGAGACUCUCGGUUCAACGUAAGACUUUUCUUCGAAAGCAUCAAAGUUGAUGGUGUUGUUGAAGGUAAAAAGUGGACGAAAAAAUUCAUGAAUGCAACGCGAUUCAUGGACAGCGGUGAAACUUAUCAAAAUUAUCCGGAUAUUGAAUUGGAGGACUAUUUGUCCCGAUACUAUGGAAGUAAUUUGGAGGACCUAAUACGAAUUAAACGAAAAUGGGAUCCGAAUGGAUAUUUUGAUUCAAGAAUGUCGAUUCCAACAGCACGUCACGAACAUGGAUGGAUAUGGAACGAGUGAAGAGUGAAGAUGCUUUUACAAUUUUCUUGUACUGACGAAUAUAAUAAAGUAAAUUGUUUU